GAUCCUUCCUUUGCUCUUCAAUCGCUGCCUGCCUGAUACCGUGCAAAGAUCCUAGCCUCUGAGCACAUGGAUUCUGGAAGUGUUACAGAGAAUGAGAACGUAAGUAUUCUGACAGAGCACGUGCAGCAUCUUGCUAACAAAAAUAUAUGGUCUGCAGCCCCUUUCUGGGUCAUGGAACCAGCGCUCUGCAGAUGAACUCCUAAUCACAGGAGGAAAAUGGCAGCUGAAAAUCCCAUCUACAAUCUGUUCAAGCUCUGAAAAGCUGGAUGUGCUCUGCUCUUCCACCAGCGCCACGGUGGGAGAAUACCCUGUGGGAGAGGAGGGCUCUGUAGGCUUUGCACCAGCUGUCAGAGCUGUUGUGUGUCUCUAGGUGCAGCUGCAGGAUAGGAAUGAGAGGUUGUACCGGCUCGGAGACCUGCAGGAGAGGAUGGGGAAGCUGGCUGGCUCCAAAACAGAUUUGUCAGCCAGAAUGGUCUUCAGUGAAGAGGAAAAACUGAAGAUUUCCAAAGACCUCGUUGAUCUCCAGAUCGAGACAAACAAAAUGAAGGAGCAGUAUGAGACAGAGAACUUUGAACUGAGAAACAUGAUCCUGGCCCUGGAGAACCGCGUGCUGGAGCUGGAGCUCAGCGGUGAGAAAGUCACUGGGGAGCGAGAUGCCUUACAGGAACACCUGCGUGCUCUGGAGACCAGUCGGAAGGAGCUGGCGGAUGAAUACAUCAUUUUGAAAAGCAACUACCUGGCCCUAGGCAAAGAACUGGACCAGGAGGUCAUGAAGAAUGAAGAGCUCAGCCUAGAGCUGCUCAACCUGGCCAAGACCAGGAGCACCCUUCCCCACACAGAGAGCAACUGCUCCCCUGCCAAUGAAUCCUCUGCCGAGCUGGAAAGAGCGAGAGCAGUGGUGCGUCGUCUCUCUGCUCGGAAGGUGAAGCCAGAAGAUGUAGUUGCCUCUGAACAUGAGCAGCUGGAGAGAAACGACCACAUAAAAGUGGAGCUUGAAAAACUGAAGAAAACCUAUGAUUCGCAGCAGCAGAAGCUGGAAGAGAGAGUGAUCGCGAUGGGGAAGGAGCUGCAGGAGGCGAAGGGAGCGACUGGGGACACCCAGCACAAGCUGGCGGAGCAGUCAGCAGUGCUGCUCACCUCCCAGAGCCAGCUCCAAGAGGUGGAGGCGGAGAACUCCCAGCUGCAGCUCCGUCUGAAGGAGCUGAACGAGGAAUAUCGCUCCCGGCUCACGCAGUACAUCAAGGACCUGGCGGACUACAUGGACGGCAAAUCCAGCAACGCAGCGGGGCCUGGCAAAGCCCCAGCCGAUCGUGCUCCCAUGAAACGCUUUGUGGACAGCAUGCUGAAGGACAUCAGGGCUUCCUACAAGUCUCGGGAAGAGCAGCUAGCUAGGGCAGCACGUGGCUACAAGAAACGCAUGAAGAACUUGGUCAAGAGGCAUGAGAACCUGCUGAUUGCUUAUGGGCUCCAGCGAGAGCAGAUCCGGUCCUUGGGCAGCAGCGCCAUGGAUUGUGGCCCUGCCGAGCUCCACUUUUCCAUCACAGACCCAGAGCUGCUGACAAACACGACCCGGGAGCUAAACCGGCUGCGGGAGGAUAAAGCAAAACUGGAGAUGCAACUACACGAAUUGCAGAAGAAAAGACUGAAAGAAACCUCUGCCUUUCCGCUGUCUCCCGAGCAGCAGCUGGAUGAGGAGGGCUGGGCAGAGGUCAGGAAGCAGCUCCGAGAGUUUGCACAUAACACCCAGGAAGAUUUGGAGCAGGAGAGAAGCCAGCUGCUGACUCGGGCGAUCGUGGCAGAAGAGCAGGUGUCGGAGCUGCAGGAAUACAUAGAUAAGCAUCUUGCAAGGUACAAGCAGGAGAUCCUCCGGCUGAGGAAGCUCGCCGGUAGCGAGGUGCCACGCGCGCUCAGUGCUGGGGCGGCCGAUACUCACUCACUGCCCAGAGCUGGAAGGAUGGUCAGCCACGAACCGUAGCUCUCCACCACAGCUCUGAGGAGCAGCACAGUCGUAUGAAAGAGCGACUGUCGCGUGGACUGGCUGGGGCAAGUAUUGUUCCCCGGCUGAGAGCUGGGAGGCACAGCGAGGGAAACCACGUGGGUGUUCCUGGUCUCAAAUUCACAGUACUAAAGUGAGACAAGACAA